GCAGCUGUAAAACACAUUGACAUCAACAACUGUGCUGGAGUUUGGAGCAGCGAUAUGAAAAUAAUUUAUGUGUAAAUGUGCACAACUAAUGUCUCUAACAUUGAACAGCUUUACUGUGACCUGUGGUGAACAGAAUAUUUGUGCUGUGAGAGGGGCACAGGUGAAAGUGAAGUGCUUUUACUCAAACAACAACAUCAAAACUGUGUUCUGGUUCAGCCAAAAACAGAAAUCAAAGUGGAGUAACAAAGAUGAACCUGAAGAUUUGACUUUAGAUUCAGAUUACUCAGGACGAGUGAAACAGUGGAUCACAAACACUGAAUCAGAGCUCAUAAUAGAUGAAGUGAGAGAGAGAGACAGUGGAGAAUAUCAGCUCAUGAUCAUUAUGAAGGAUGGAGUUAAACAUCUCAGCUCAGUCACAGUCAAACUAACAGUCACAGUUUUACAGGUGACGAUGAAUCCUGAAUCUACAGAUGGACGAGUAAAUCUGAUCUGUGACUCUUCCUGCAAUCUCAUAUCUGAAAAGAAUUACUUCUGGUACCAGAAUGGAAAAAAUAUAAAAUACAGCACAAACCUAUUAGUGCCAUCCAGAGGAAACACUGACAGCUAUUCCUGCUCUGAGGUUGGCGAAAACACUCAUUCCUCUUCUGUAUGUGUUUCUAACAGUGUCUGUUGGGGUGUGACUUACACAUCUAGAAGAGUUUGUGCUUUAGUGGGAUCAACAGUAGAUAUUCACUCUUCAUACUCACAUCCCACUGGGGUUACAGUAAAGAAAACAUACUGGCAUUUGAAAAACAAUCCAUCUAAAGACAAAGAUCUGAGUGACGAUCAUCGGUUUGCUGGUCGUGUGGAGUUUGUGGGCAACACACUGAGAAUCAAAGAUGUCAACACGAGUGACUCUGAUGUAUAUCAGUUCAGGUUCAUCACUGACACAAAUACAUUUUCUGGUUAUCCUGGAGUCUUUCUUACUGUUACAGGUACACAGGUGAUAAGCAGCCCAAACCCUGUGAUAGAUGGAGAAAAAGUGAUAUUAAGCUGUUCAACCAAAUGCACUCUGGAUAACAAUCAUACUUACAUCUGGUAUAAGAAUGGACAACAGGUAACAGAUGGAUUGAGAUUAUUAAACAAGCUGUACCUGGACUCAAUCAACAGUGAGAAGAUACAAGAGUAUUCAUGUACUGUAAGAGAUUCAGUGUCCUCUACAGACCGAGAGAAUAACACAUGGUUAAAAAACACAUUGAUCAUAUUGUCUGUGUUUCUGACUCUUGCACUCAUAGGAGUCCUGAUGUGGUACAGGAUGAGAAGCUGUAUCUUGUCUAGAAAUCACAAGGAUGUAAAGGAGGAGGCACAGUAUGUUUCAGUGCACAUUGAUGCAGCGCCGUCUGAACACACACAGAAAGAAGAUUGCAAAAAUGAGGAUAUUCAUUAUAGCAGCUUUAAUUUUGUAAAUUCAAAAACAAAGCAGAAAUCUCCAGACACCACAAACACCACAGAAAAUGAAGAUGUUCAGUACGCCGCUGUAAUGUUUAGUUAGCAGACUGUUGCAAUCAUUGCACAAAUUUGUCAUUGCUAUGUUGCCAUGUUGUAUCAUUAAUCCAUCAAACGUGUUUGUUGUAAAGAAGAAGAAAUAUCACCACAUCCUCCACCACACAGCGCUUCUAUGGUUCAGGUCUUAUCUCUCAGUUAGGUCAUUUACGGUAUCUUGGAGAGGUGAUGUCUCCGAACCCCAACGUCUCAAUACCGGGGUGCCACAAGGCUCCGUGUUUGGAACGCUGCUCUUUUCGAUAUACAUGACAUCCCUGGGUUCUGUCAUUCGAAAACAUGGCUUCACGGAGCAUGUUGCCAGCACUGCCCGGAAGUCCGCCUGACCUUUCCAAAAUGAGCAUGCUACGAAGGUCCUAGUCCAAGCUCUUUUCCUGUCCAGGCUGGACUACUGCAAUGCGCUACUGGCUGGACCUUCAGCCUGCACAACCAAACCCCUACAGAUGAUUCAGAAUGCAGCAGCAAGAGUGGUCUUCAAUGAGCCAAAGAGGGCGCACGUCACUCCUCUCUUUGUCAAGUUACACUGGCUUCCUAUAGCAGCUCACAUCCAAUUUAAAGCUCUGCUCCUGGCCUUUAAAAUCACCACUGGGUCAGCAGACUCAGCACCCCCUUACCUUCACUUGCUUAUACAGCCUUAUGUACCCUCUUAAUCCCUGCGCUCUGUCACCGAGUGACGGCUUGUGGUGCCAAUUUUCCUUUUUCUUUAUUCUUUAAAAAAAAAUAAUAACCAACACUUGGCUAUGUAUACUGUGUUGGACUUGAUGAGACUAUUUCUAGUGCACUUAUGUAUUGCUGUUCUUGUGUUGCUAUAAUUGCUUCUAUUGUUUACCUCAUUUGUAAGAUGCUUUGUACAAAAGCGUCUGCUAAAUGACUAAAUGUAAAUGCAAAAUUGGAAUUUAUAAUAUUUUUUUUAUUUUUAGUUCACUGUUUGGUUUAUACAGAGCCCCUAAGGUGACGUUUAGUUUCGCGUGUGCACAUGAAAUAACUAAGCAUUGGCAUUAUUGUGUAAUGAGACUUUAUUUUAUUUAUGUCCCCAGAUAUUGGGGAUGUCAGGGUGAGACAUUCAGUGCAUCUGGGUUUUU